AUGGUCGCUGAAACAGCCAAGAAAGGAAAUAUUGACAACGACCAUGUGACAUCUGAACCGCCGUCCAACACUCGAAAACGGAAGUCAAAUCCUAAGUUGUUUAAAAAGUUCGUAAGAAAGCAAAAAGUUAUGAAGGGGGAACAACAUGUUUUAGAUAUAGGCAGACGAUAUAGUUCAUAUAGCGAAGAAUCACAACAAAAUGCAGGUAUUAGUAAACAUAAGGAGAGGAAAAAGAUAAGGAUGACAGUAAAUAUCAAGAAAAGAAAUAACAUACAAAGAAAAAUCAAAAUGAAACUAUUUAUCGUCUUGGCAGCUAUCAUAUUAAGUGCUAGUGCUUUGUCACUCAACGACCAUUGGGAAAACUUUAAAGUUGACAUUCCAACUCCAACUAACCCUGACAUUCAAAUAUGUAAUGGAAGAUGGCCUAUUAGCAAAAGCCGAAGUAUUUGCCAAUGA